CGGCACGAGUACGUUAGUAUUGCUGCGGCAAAAACUCAUUUAGAAUGCGGAGCGUCACAAUUCUCUAUUACUUGAGAACAAAACAAAGUUUAAAUUAAGAAGUUAUACUUUAUUUAUAUGCUUCUAUCGGUCUUGUGUCAGCCAGGGUAGACCGGACCUUUUUUUAAGUCGAUUUAUUUGGCUAAUUGCCGCAAGGUACAUAACUUCUUCUCCUCAUUCUAAGUUGGAACUCCUCGUUGGGAUCUCUCAGUGGAAAUGUUUUUACACUUUGUACCCAAAUAACAUCAAACCCUAACUUGUACAGCUAGAAGUCUUGUACACCAAAGAUCGCAAACUGUUGAAUAAUGCGAUUCUUUAAAAAGGUCGAGCGAGAUGCAGCACCCGAACUUCACGAAUUGACCACCCCGCUCAAGAAAUCCAAGGAAAUGCCUGAGCCCUCAGCUUUGGACAAGCUUACUUUCAACAUUCGAGAAAAUGCAAAGGGUCGAAAGCUUCCCCGAUACAUUAUACUGCACAACUCAAAAUUCAAAGCGGUUUGGGAUUGGUUCGUGUUAUUACUAGUGAUCUAUACUUCCAUAGAGAUUCCAUAUACGGCAGCGUUUGGACAAUCUCAAAAGUCUCCAUUACAACAACUCAAAGCCGGCAGCGCCAUUGGCAUCGUAAACUUGAUUGUAGACCUGAUGUUUGUUGUUGACAUUCUCAUCAAUUUUCGUUCAACCUAUACAAGACAAGGAACAGACGAACUAGUCUUAAACCCAAGAAAGAUAGCCUGCAACUACCUUAAGUCAUGGUUUGUUAUUGACUUUCUGGCUGCCAUACCGUUUGAAUUAUUCGUCGAAGCCGGUGGAAAAGGGGCCAUCUCUCUUGCCGGCCUCCUCAAAACCGCGCGGUUGCUAAGACUGGUUCGAGUGUCACGCAAGCUUGACCGUUACUCCGAGUACGGCUUGGCUGUCGUGAUUCUCCUUACAUGUCUGUUCACGCUCGUCGCCCAUUGGCUAGCAUGCAUCUGGUAUUUUAUUGGUCGAGGGGAAAUACGCAACAAGCAUGGCUGGAUAACGUUGCUAGGGGAACAGACCGGCCAGCCCGUGAACACGUCCGCCCCCGAGAACAGUGGUCCUUCUAUGAAAUCGCGUUAUGUGACGUCAUUAUACUUUACCCUAACCAGCUUGACUAGUAUUGGCUUUGGGAAUGUUGCGCCGAACACCAAUGCGGAGAAGUUAUUUGCUGUGGCGAUGAUGUUAGUGGGAGCUUUGAUGUAUGCUGCCAUAUUUGGAAACAUGACUGCUAUUAUCCAGCGGUUGUACACAAGAACUGCACGUUAUCACAAAGACUUGAAAGUAAUCAAGGAAUUUAUCCGGUUUCACAACAUCCCCGACACUCUACGAGACACGCUCACCGAGUACUUUACCCAUGAGUGGUCGUCACGACACGACCAACAGCUUGACACGGUGUUACGGCGGUUCCCCGACAGCCUUCAGUCUGACGUGUGCGUGCAUAUUCAUCGCGCCGUGUUCGGCAGCCAUCAUGUAUUUCAUAAGCUCGGCGAGGGCUGCGUACGGGCUCUCUCUGUAAAGUUCAAUAUCAAGAAUUACCUACCCGGGCAUUAUAUUAUCAAGGAAGGGGACGAGGUUAAAUAUUUGUACUUCGUCGUGGAGGGAACGGUAGAUGUCAUCAAGAGUGGGAAGUCUUUGUCUAUAUUAGGUCCUGGAGACAGCGCCGGUGGAAAUUAUGAUGAGAUGCGUGGUAAUUUGCCAUUGAAGGCUAACGUCAGCUUGAUGGUUCGUCAUUAUGUAGAAGUUCAUUAUGUCAAGUUAGAAGAUUUGUAUGAUGUCGCCAACUCGUUUCCACAGUUGGCAGAAGUAAUGAGUGAGCAAAUGACAUUUACGCACGACUUCGGCAGAUAUAUCUCGGCGGAGUCAGGUCUAGUGGGCAAUGUCCCGUGGUCAGCCUUAGUACUGAGUGCUCCUCUCGGCGUAUCUACACUGAACGUGCCCUCAACGCCAUCCCAAGAAAGAAUGGUAAAAGAAAGCAAGGCUAGCAUUAGCAAGGAUGACACGAACUCGAACACUUUAUACGUAAACUCUAAAGCGGAAAACCCGGUGAAGUUACCUGGUAAAGCAAAUGGAAGCACGAGAGCAAAGCAUUAUUCAGCGCCAUGUGGCACGAAGCCGGAUUUCAACGGAGUCUUGUGUAGAAUUGACAGUCUGGAUGAAAGACUAGUGAGAGUCGAGGACAGGCUGGAAGAGAUUUUAUUCCUUUUGAAGAAAAGUCGGAGCGAUUCCAAUGGAAUGUUCAAAGAGUCUUCCUACCUAUAAGGAUAAACGAGGACAUAAUGAUCACAAAAAAUUGAGUUAGGGAUGAGUGAAACAUCUGCAAAAUACGCGCGUAACAUCUAUCGACCCCUCUCCCUUUGUUUCGUUUGGGGCCUUGUUCCGACGAGAUGAUUUAUAAAAAGUAUUUGAUAUCAAAAGCACAAGAUGCGCCAAACCAUGUAAAGACACGGAGUAUCGUAGUUCCAGAAGCUGAAUAGUACGACUAUUAGAAUUUCAAAGCCAACAAUGAAAUUAUAUAUAUAAGAUUCUUCUUUUUGAGAAUCUGGUAGAGUAUUUAAAGAAAACGAAGAAGAAAAAGAGAGAAAUUGGAAGGAAGAAAGCAUGUAGCUCAAAAGCAAGCAAAAUGGCUUCACCAAGUGUCGAUACUUGGGUCUUUUAAUUGGCAAAAUUAAAUCACUUUUGGCUCAAUUAAUGCAUACCACAAACAAGCCGUCUACAAAGGACUUGAAAUCAGUGAUAAAUGUUACAAUAGUAUAAAUAUACGAACACAAACACUUUUUCAAAUUAUAUUUAGUUCUUAUGAAUUCUUAUGAAAAUUGCUAGGAACUACUUCAUUUUGUGCGGUAUUUCCAGCACACAAAAUCAUAUAUGAAUUUCAAAUUUGAACACAAGAUAGCAAAGCAUGCACAAUAAAAGCAAAUAUAAAUUUAAGUUACUGUUUAAUUUAAUUAAACCGUAUAUAUAGGUG